CUGGAUGGUAGUACCUGUAUUUCGAUUCUGCUCAUUACAAUACAAACCUCUCGAGUGUCAAACUCAUUCUACCUCGACGACCCCAGACAUAAGAGGAACUUCGACACCAUGGGCCCCAAAGAAAUGUACUUGAUUGUGUACAAUCUAAGCUGUUGUGCCGGAUGGUCGCUCAUCCUGUUAGCUGCCAUUCGAUCCCUAGCCAACGGUGUACCGCAGGACGGGUUAAAGGAAUCAUUAGCUAAUGUGUAUCAAAAUACCGACAUGCCUUUUCAGGUCGUAUCGUCUGCAGAACCUGUGGGAGACCUUCUUUUCUAUACACAGUCGGCCGCGCUGCUUGAAAUCUUUCAUGCAGCAGUAGGAUUGGUGAGGUCUCCGGUCGUGGUUACGGCCAUGCAAGUCAUGUCAAGAAUCGUUGCCUUGGUAGCUGUCACGUAUUCACCUGAAGCUCAAAGUAAGUGAAAGGACCUACAUUGUAAAUAGCAUUGCAUCCAUAAGUCCUUGCUUUACAAGAAAAAACACAAGUGUAUCUUACCUAAUUUGUUCCUACUUCUUCUUGUGGACCUAAAACGUAUUCUGGUUACAAAGGUCAAUGGGGUGCUGGUGUCAUGAUUAUUUCCUGGUCGUUAGUUGAAAUCUUUCGCUACCUUUUCUACGCAUUCGGCUUGGUUACGGGAGAUUCAAACAAAAAGACCCCUUAUCCCCUCUUUUGGCUGCGAUACUCGCUGUUUGCCGUUUUGUACCCAACGGGGAUUACAGGCGAACUGACUUGCUUCUUUAGCGCUGCAUAUGACCCCGCAUUUCAGUCUACUUUCUCUGCAGAUAUCGCUAUUUGGAUUUACGCUCGCAUUCUCCCAUUGGUAUACGUGUUCGGAUCGCCUUUCAUGAUUAUGAAUAUGGUAGGCAAUCGUAAAUCAGCCUUCAAAAAGCGAUUUGCCAGACCUCCUCCACCGCCUCGUGGUAUUGUUUUCCCCGUCGAAGAAGGCAAGAAAUCGAGAUCCUCUACACCUGUCAACAAAGAAAUUUUGGCAUCUGCGGUUGGCGCCGUUAAUCCGAGCAAGGCUGAAAAAAUCCGCUCUGCUAAGGGAUACCGUUUCACAUAUGUUAAACAUUUGACCGGACUCGUAGAGGAACAGUGCAAAUCUCCAGAAGCAUGUCUGAAGAUCGCUCAAGCUGGACUUGACAAGGCCUACGAUAUUUUCGAGUUUGUUGCCCCCGACGGGUCUGCCGUAAGCGUCAGAGAAGCAAUGAGCAUGAAGAAUACUGAGAAAUUCUGCACUGGAUUUAUUAAGGGUGAGGGUGCAAAAGACACCACAAUGAUGGAAGUUCCUUACAAAGGAACAAUUCUUAAAGGACAGUCGUUGAAAGAUCAAGUAAAGAAAUGGGUUGAUUAUGGUACCAUUGAACCCAGUGCCGGGGAGGCAAUUAUUGGCUGUGUCGAUAACCCGAAUUGGUGUGACCUUUCGGAUAAGUACUUUGUCUUGCUAGGUGCUGGAUCGGCGAUGGGGCCUCUUUUAGUCUUACUGGCUUUGGGCGCCAAUGUAAUUGCCGUGGAUCUUGACAGGCCAAAUAUCUGGAAACGAUUGAUCGGACUUGCCAAGAAAUCUCCAGGUACCAUAACAUUCCCUCUAAAGCAAGAGCAGUCGUCUUUGGAUAGUGAUGACGCAUUGUAUGCAGCUGCAGGAUGUAAUCUCUUCACGCAUACUCCUAUGAUUCGAGACUGGCUUAUGGAUCUCUAUCCAGGAAAGAGUUUCACAGUUGGAAGUUAUGCUUACCUCAAUGGCGCUUUGCACGUGCAAGUGUCACUUGCUAUGGAUGCAAUUACCAGAGAUCUUAGCGAGAAACGUCCGGGAACCAGCCUUGCUUACCUUUGUACGCCGACUGACUUGCAUCUUGUACCAAAGGAAGCUUGGGAUGCUAGUGUUUCGAACUUCAAGGAAUACGGAAGUCGUCUUCUAUGUAAGUUGAACGGGAUAUAUUUUUCCUCUUCAAUCGCACUGAACAAGGUCAGGCCUCUCAUCUUGUUUUGCUUCUCAUGUGUAAACAGGUAUGUUCGUAAGGUUGCUUAGUUCGGGUAGAUUGUUAAAGAAGAACGCCAAAGCUCCAGUUGCUGGAGAAGGAGGAGACUUUUACAUGAUCAACGGAGUUAGCGUCGCACAGGGGCCGAACUAUAUUCUUGCCAAGCGCAUGCAGCACUGGCGUGCCGUUGUUGCAAGAAGCAAAGGCUGUAUUGUGUCUUCAAACAUUGCACCAGCUACUUCUACCGUAUCUGUUACACAGAACAGAACAUUUGCAUGGGCCUAUGAAGGCAUGCCCUAUUUUGAGCCCUAUGAAAUUUUCGCGCCCGAAACUUCGAACGCUGUCAUGUCGGCAAUUUUGUUCUCCGAUCUCAACAGCCCGAAGAGCGUUGGAAAUCCUAAAACUUCGUUGAACAAUCCCAACCAGUUGUUCUCCCAAGGAUCUUUCCACGGAGGUAACUGGCGUUGCGCGUACGAGGUGGAUAGCAUUGGUGAAACGAGCGUUCUUAUUUACUUCGCCCGCAUUGGUGCUCCGUACAUCGCUGGAUCCGCUGUAGUCUUAGCGGCUGUCGCAUACAAAGUUCUAGGAUAUUGAUUUUUCCAUGAUAGCGAAGCUUAAUGCACCCAAAACAACAUUAUACAUUGCUUAAUGUUGAAGUUAAAUUAAACAAUUAUCUUAACG